UUUAAACUUCUCACUUAUUUAAAAAUGAAGGAGUGAAUACGAGUGAUGGAUUUGAAGGAUAUGACCAUAUUAAGGGCCUUGUAUGGCCUUGCCGUCGCUUUUUAUCUGGUGGACGUCAGUACAAUGGUGUAUCGCAUUACUUCAAUGAGCGCUGAUUUAAGCAACAAAGAGAGCCAACUGAAAGCAAUCAAGUUUCAACUUGAAAAGAAAAUGAAUGCAUCUCAGUACGAGGUUGAAGCUGCAGAAGAAUCAUUGACCUUUUUAACUAAAAAGGUUUACACUUUCUUCGCCCAUGAAACUAAUUGGACAAAUGCAGUUGCGCUCUGUGCCAACAAACGCAUGGUAUUAGCUGCGCCGAAGACUAAAAAGUUGUUGAGGUUUGUGUCCAACGAGGCGAAUAAAACGAUUCCAAACUAUCACUGGUGGGUAGCGGUCAGUUAUGACAGACACAUGGAUGCUUCAAAUUUUGUUUGGAUGGAUGGGGAAAAACUGGAUAUACAAAGUUACCUUUGGCGCAAAAGUCCUGAGGAGCCCAAUGAGUACAAAAACCAGAGCGUAGCCAAUUCGUGUGGAUCUGUUUUCCUUGGAGAGUUGGUCGAUGAUCCAUGCAUCAAGGAAAGGGGAUUUAUUUGCGAAAUUCCUGGGAAACAGGAAACUUCUGAGAUGAUCGGAAAUCUGGAUGAUGUGCAUCAUGAUUUGUAUGAUGAUUUCUAAGACUUUUUAUUAUGAUGAACAUUACUAAAGAAAUUUAGCAAGAUCACUCUUUGAAUUGUGAUUGCUAUUUUAUUUUUAAUAUUAUAUCAAUUGUUGAUGAGCCAAGAAAAGCUUAAACUAACAACCAAUAUAAUCAUCGAAAUUUGAAUUUGGUCAAAACACAUAUCCCUCAUAUCCUAGCUAAUAGUGUGUGGCAAAAUGUUAAUUGUUUACAAAUUUUGUCUUUUAAUUUAAUUUAUUACCCUAUAUCUUUGCUUGUUAUGCACAUUUUCAGUCUGUUCUCACUCAACUUAGUUUGGAGCUUUUUAUGCCCUCAAUAAAUUAGAGGAUUUAAUAAUACAUAAUUAUUCAAUUAUUGUUAGAAUAAAAAUAUAAAAGAUAAUUUUAGGUAAUUUAAUAAUUUAAAUAGUCAAAUGAUUUGGAAUAAAUAAAAUAUUUCUCUCUUUGUAUUUGUAUUCAAUCUCAUGUAUAAUUCAUAACUAUUAGAAAUUCAAUCGUUAGUACAAUAGACGUGUAACGACUUACUGCUUACAGCCUUGUUAAAAUUCAGGCUUAAGUACAUUAUAGAAUUUAGCAUUUGUAAAUCUGAGCAACAAAUCAAUUUCAUUUUUAAUAUGGUACUGCCACUAUAAUUACAUAUAUACUUCUAAUCACUCAUAAUUAUACAGUAUCAGAAAUUUGGCACAAGGGAAAAAUUAUAAUACCGACAUUUAUGUAUAAAUAUGAA